AUGAGUCCAAGACAGCUUCUUGACCGGGAUCCUGGUCAGCUGACCGUCCCAAUCGACCAUAUAUGGAUCCAACUAAUACCGCGCUUCACUGACCGUAAGGAUUACGCGUACCUUUAUUUGAAGGCUCCAGAACAGUAUCAACUAGAUAGUGCUCUCCUUUCUCUCGGUCAACAUGACGAUGCCUCCGCGCAGGAUAUUGUUGGUAUUAUGGUGAACGGAAAGAUUUAUGUCGACGACGAGCCGUACUGGAGGGGUCUUUUAGUUCAUACAGACUCCUAUAAGAUUGUCUACGUGCGCCGGCCCUUUUGGCAGCAGCCCUUAGUGUGGUUAUGGGACCACAUCUUUGAGACCCCACUUGUGGACAUGGCGGAUGUUCCUGCACGAUCACCUUACUACCGCACGAAUUUGGCAUACAAUCGUCUCGUUUAUGAGAAGUUGAUAGAAGGCCCGCCGCAGUCGACUGAUCUCGAGGAGAAGGCUAGAUUGGCCUGCAAACUACGGAAACAGUCCCGGGAACCUGAGGAAUACAUUCAAAAGGCCUAUAAUGAAGGGCGCCUGACCGAUUAUGACCGGCUUAGACUGUUCGCCCCGAUCGGCUCAAAACAUUGUGAGUGCUUCGCCGCUACCGAUGCUUCUGCUGAUGCCUCAGCUGCUGCUUUUGCCUCUGCUAAUUAG